CGCACCGGUCCAACAGACGGCAUGCGGCAAACAGCAUUGUAUCAACAAUGAGGUGCGCAGUCGUUCUAUUGGCUCUAGCAGCUUUUGGGGCAGCUAUACCCCAAGUGCCGAAACAGCGAGCUGCCGAUCAAGAGCUCCUGAAGAAGCAGCAGGAUUGCAUUCUGCUGUUGCAACAGAUCACCCAACCGAUCCCGAACGAACAACUGCAUAUCCUCGGCACCAGCUAUGACAUCGAGAACAACUAUCAUCAAUUCGAAAACCCGAUCCUUGUGAAGUACUAUGUCGGCGCUGUACGAGCUGGCUUGGUUCAGCCCAAGGGCACCGUCUACUCCAACUCCGUCAGCCAACUCCGCAAGGAAGUUGCUCUCUUGCAUAGAAUCUUGCUGGGUGCUAAGAACUACCAGACGUUCUUGAACACCGCCGCAUGGGCUCGUGUCCACGUCAACGAGGAACAAUUCGUCAAGGCCUUCAUCGGAGCUGUGCUCCAGCGUCCGGACAUGCAGGGCAUCAUCCUGCCGCCUUUGUACGAGAUCAUUCCUCAUUACUACUUCGACUCUAGAAUCAUCCAGGAAGCUCAAGACGUUGUCGCUCAACAACACCAGAACGUCGGACAACACACUUACGUACAAAACGGUCAGACUUAUGUUGUCAUCCCGGUGAACUACAGCUCGCAUUUACCCCAUGGUGAACAUCAGCUCUCCCAUUUCACGCAGGAUAUCGGCCUUGCCAACUACUACGGCAUGGUGAAUCUCGCUGGAUACUUGCUGCAGCAGCACGGACCUCAGCAGACCCCGGUGCAAUACCUACAGCAAGGCAUCUCCCAGGAGCAGGAAGAUAACAACGGCCAAGGAUCCCGUUACUACUACAUCCACCGACAGCUUUUGGCUCGCUACGAACUGAGCCGUCUUGGAGCUGGACUCGGCCCGAUCUACGACACCGACUACACUCACGUAAAGGCGCCGUAUCAGCCGCACUUCCGAUUCAUGAACGGUCUCGAGUUCCCUGGACGCCCUGAAUACCUUCAGCUCUCUGCCACGAAGUCAAAUCAUCUCGUCAAGCUCGUAAAGCUCAUCGAACAAAGAUUGACCAACGCUAUCGACUCCGGACACGUUCUCACCCCGCAGGGCGCUUUCCUCUCUCUCUACCAGCCACAAGGUCUGAACAUUCUUGGAGAAAUCAUCGAGGGAACCGGCCGCAGCAUUAACCCAAGGUACUAUGGCAGCUUCCAAGCUAUCGGUCGUCAACUCUUCGGCAACGCCCCCAAAGUACAAAACAUCUACGACUACACACCCUCCGUUCUCGAAUUGGGACAGACCGCUGUUCGCGACCCUGCCUUCUACCAACUCUACAAGAAGAUCAUCGGUUUGUUCCAACGUUACCAGGACUCUCUGCCCGCGUACCAAUACAACGAUGUCCUGUUGCACGGCGUCAAAAUCCAGAACGUUCAAGUCUCUCAGCUCAUGACCUUCUUCAACGACUACUAUGUUGACCUCGACCAGGCUACUCCUCAUAAUGUGCAGCAGCAACACCAGCAACAGCAGCCCGAGACUUUGAAACAGCACGUCCAAGGACAGGUUAAGAGGUUGGAUCACAAACCGUACGAAUACACCGUUACCGUUCAGAGCGAGAGAAACAUACCUGGCUGCGUUGUCCGCGUCUUCUUGGGACCGAAGUACGACUACGACGGCAAGCCUAUCAGCAUCUCUAAGCAUAGACAACAAUUCGUUGAGCUCGAUCAAUUCGUGACUGACCUUCAGCAAGGACAGAACGUCAUCACCAGGAACUCCCACCAGGCACCAGGCCUGAGCUUCGACUACCCGUCUGUUCAGGAGAUCAAGCAAUGCGUUGGCAACGCUAUUCGCUCUCAGGCACCGUUCUACGUCACCGAGCCCCACCAGGUCUACGGAUUCCCAGCUAGGUUGGCUCUUCCCAAAGGUCACCGUGAAGGAUACCCGCUUCAGUGGUUGGUUGUGAUCUCUCAGCCCGGACAGCAAAACGUACCCUACGGACCAGUGGUACCAGAGCAAUACCAAACCUACCAGCAGAGCGAAUACCAAGUAGUUGAUGUUGAGAAUUAUCCUCAGCAGAUCCAACAACACACCACCAAGGUAGUCGGUACGAAACCGACCGUGGAGGUUGUGCCUGAGACCCUUCCCAUUGGCCAGCAACAAAGCCAAGUCGUGAGAAACCACUAUGCUAACAUCUACACUCAGCAACACGGACAGUACCCAUACACGCACACCCAAUACAACGUCGGCCAAGGCCAAGGCCAGACCGUAUGGCAGGGCGUGCAGACCGGCAUGCAGGGUCAGCAGUACUACGGACAAGGACAACAGCAAUACGUUCAAGGACAACAGCAAUACCAGACCCAAGGAAUCUAUCAAGGACAACAAGGACAAGUACAAGGACAAGUACCGUACCAGUACCUCGGCGAACAAGCCAAGGUCGGACAGAAAGUCCAAGGUGGAGUGCCUACUAGCGUACCAAGCGUACAAAACGUACAAGGAAGAAUGCCAGGAGUAGAAACCGCAAGACAUGUAGUACAAACCGAGGGGAUACACAGCGGCUUACACGGCGACGUUCAGCAAGGCAAAUACCAAGGAACCUACCAAGGACAGAGCCAUCAAGCACAAGGAUACGGCGUAGGAUAUUACGGUAGCGGACUGUACCACGCCGGCGGCUACCAGAACAUCUUCGGUCAGGGACAGAAGGUACAGGAGGGACAAGUGAACGAAUACUACCAGGGCAAGCACAUCUCCGAGAUCAUCGGCGGUGCUGUCUCUCUCGACGGCAAACCCUACGGCUACCCGUUGAACAGACCGCUGACCCCUGGCGCUCUCUUCGUUCCCAACGUCCAUAUUCAGACCGUCUACGUUUACCACGAAGGACAACCCACCAAUGAGGUGCUUUAUCAGUAAUGUGUUCCUACCAGACUAGACGGCGGCAUCGCGUAAUCGCUGGCGACGCCACCGUCGAAAACUAUUUACUGUUUUUUUUUCGUUCAAUGAUCAAGAAAAGAUUUAUCGAUGUGUCAAAGUAGCAAAUGCAAUUAAUAAAUUGCUCUAAAACGCA